AUGGACACCCUGCUGUCGUCACCGGCCCACAGGGCCCCGUGUGCGCUGCAGAGCUCUGCCCGCCCGUGCAGGCCGCGCAGCCUACGUCUGUCAGGCGAUGCUAGGUCGAUCAGCGAUGCGCGGAGACGCAGGUCCGUGCACGACGCGGCCCGUUCGGGAGGCGAGCGGGCCACGCUUGCCACCGCUCUGCGGGCAUCAAGCACCGACCAGGCGUCCGCCAUCGACGUGAAGAUGGAGGAGAUGGCGGAGUUCCUACGAAAGGACCUCGUGCACUUGUUCGAUGACGUGGGCAUUGACCGUUCGAUGUACUCGGACAAGGUCGAAUUCCGGGACCCCCUGACCAAAUACGGGAGCAUCAGCGGGUACCUGGCGAACAUCAAGAUGCUCGGCGUCCUGUUCCGGCCGCAGUUCUUCCUGCACGACGUGCGCAGGACGGGCGAGUACGAGCUCACCACGCGCUGGACCAUGUCGAUGAAGCUGUGGUGGAGCCCCCUGCCGUUCUGGAGGCCGUCGAUGGAGUUCACAGGGGAGUCGUUCAUGACGGUGGACCCGGAGGAGUGGAAGUUCAACCGGCACAUCGACAUCUGGGACAGCAUCCAGCAGCAGGAGUACCUGUCGAAGGAGGCCUUCCAGGACCUGGUGGCGCAGCUGGGCACCUUCUUCAAGGUCCCGGACCUGGAGACCCCGCAGUACAUGCUGCUGCGGCGCGCGGCGGACUACGAGGUCCGCCGCUACGAGCCGUACUCGGUGGCGGAGUACGCCCCCGCGACGGCGGACCGCAGGGGGUCGUUCCAGUCGCUCGCGCGGUACAUCUUCGGCGGCAACGCGCGCGGGGAGAAGAUGGCGAUGACGACGCCCGUGUUCACGGAGCCGGCGGGGCGCAUGCAGUUCGUCAUGGGCAGCACGUACUGGGGCCGCAGCGCCGAGUUGCCGCCCCCGCUGGACGGCGCGGUCGCGACGAGGGACGUGCCGGGGGGUGUCUACGCGGUGCGCAGGUUCAGCGGCCGCUCGGACCCGGACCUCGUGCGGGUGCAGCACGGCCAGCUGCGCGCCGCGAUCCAGAGGGACGGCCUCAAGGCUGAGCCCGCUACGGAGGGGGACCCGGGCUUCGUCCUGGCGCAGUACAACGAGCCGUCCACGCCCGACUGGCAGCGGUUGAACGAAGUGCUGGUGCCACUGAGCGAGUUCGACAUCUGGGAGGGCAGGUGA